GUGCGGCUCAUGUGAUGUGGUUCGAGUGGCUCCACCUGUGGCUGAUCUUUGUGGAGAAGAACGUUCUGUAUCCUCUCGUCAUUCUUAACGAACUCAGCAGGAGCGCACAGGAACUCGCCAGCUCCAACAAACUCACCACAGAGGUGGGGGCGGUGGUGUUGAGUGUAUCAGGGUUGAAGCUGCUGCGGUCGUGUUUCAGCAGUCCCUCCUCUCAGUACGUCACCGUGCUCUUCACCGUCCUCUUCUUCACCUUCGACUAUCAGCACCUGUCCGAAACACCGCUACUCAACCUCUACAUCGUCUCCAUCGUCUUCAGCAAGUUGUGGGAGCUGCUGAAUAAGCUACGCUUUGUUUACACCUACAUCGCUCCGUGGCAGAUCACCUGGGGUUCAGCCUUCCACGCCUUCGCUCAGCCCUUCGCUGUACCACAUUCGGCCAUGUUGUUCGUGCAGGCGAUGGUGUCGGCCAUUUUCUCCACUCCUCUCAACCCGUUUUUGGGCAGCGCCAUCUUCAUCACGUCCUACGUCCGACCUGUUAAAUUCUGGGAGAGGGAUUAUAACACAAAACGAGUGGAUCACUCCAACACCAGGCUGGCAUCUCAACUGGACAGGAAUCCAGGUUCGGACGAUAACAACCUGAACUCGAUCUUCUACGAGCACCUGACCCGUUCCCUGCAGCACUCUCUGUGUGGGGAUCUGCUGCUGGGUCGCUGGGGAACCUUCAGCACCGGAGACUGUUUCAUCAUGGCCUCCGAUUACCUCAACGCCCUCGUCCACCUCAUCGAGAUCGGCAACGGCCUCGUCACCUUCCAGCUCCGCGGCCUCGAGUUCAGAGGGACGUACUGCCAGCAGAGGGAGGUGGAGGCCAUUACGGAGGGCGUGGAGGAGGACGAGGGCUGCUGCUGCUGUGAUGUGGGUCACCUGCCCCACCUGCUGUCCUUCAACGCGGCCUUCGUUCAGCGCUGGCUGGCCUGGGAGGUGCUGCUCUCCAAAUACACCUUACAGAGCUACAGCAUCACGGAGAACAGCGCCGGCGCCAUGCUGCAGGUCUACGAGCUACGCCAGAUCCUCACCACCUACUACGUCAAGGGAAUAAUUUAUUACGUGGUCGCGUCUCCGAAGCUGGAGGAGUGGCUGUCCAAUGACGCCAUGAUGGAAGGGCUGAAGAACUGCAGCGAGAGGAACUACGUUGACCUUGACCCGACCUUUAACCCCAACAUCGACGAGGACUACGACCACCGACUGGCGGGAAUCUCCAGAGACAGUUUCUGUUCUGUUUACCUCAGCUGGAUCCAGUACUGUAACUCCCAGAGACAGAAGCCGUUGGAGAGUGAGAGAGACUCGGCGUUGGUGUCGUUGUGUUUUGGUCUGUGUGUGCUGGGGAGGAGAGCGCUCGGCACUGCAGCUCAUCACAUGUCAAGUAACCUGGAGUCAUUCCUGUACGGCCUCCACGCCCUGUUUAAAGGAGAUUUCCGGAUCUCGUCUGUGCGGGACGAGUGGAUUUUUGCCGACAUGGAGCUGCUCAGGAGAGUCGUCGUCCCGGGAAUACGCAUGUCCCUCAAACUGCACCAGGAUCACUUCACGUCUCCGGACGAGUACGACGACCCGUCGGUGCUGUAUGAGGCGAUCUCGGCUCACGAGCGGACGCUGGUGAUCGCGCACGAGGGCGACCCGGCGUGGCGCAGCGCCGUGCUGUCCAACGCUCCUUCACUCCUGUCGCUGCGCCACGUCCUGAACGAGGGAACCAAUGAGUACAAGAUCAUCGCACUGAACCGCAGAUACCUCAGCUUCAGAGUCAUCAAGGUGAAUCAGGAGUGUGUUCGUGGCCUGUGGGCGGGGCAGCAGCAGGAGCUGGUGUUCUUGCGGAACAGGAACCCGGAGCGUGGAAGCAUCCAGAACGCCAAGCAGGCGCUGAGGAACAUGAUCAACUCGUCAUGUGACCAGCCGAUCGGUUACCCCAUCUACGUCUCCCCCCUCACCACCUCCUACUGCAACACACACACACAGCUCACACACACACUGGGCGGAGCCAUCAGCAUCGCCAGCAUCCGACACUUCAUCAUCAACACCUGGCACAGGGUGCGUAAAGGCUGUGGAGCAGGGUGUAACAGCGGAGGCAACAUGGAGGAGUGUGACCUCGGGAAUUCUGGGAACAUAAAUGACACACACCACAGAGUGACCAUCAUUCAACACACACACACUCCUCACUCACUGGGAACCAGUCAGAGCUCUCAGUCUGUGCGUUCCUCUCUGGUGCGUCACUCUCCCACUCGCUCGUCCGUGGCGAGUCAGUCGUCAUCGCUCCGGUACAACAGCAACGCCGAGCCGACUCUGUGCAAGCGACUCACACACACACACACACUCGCUGGCCUGCUCGACCAUCAUCAUCAUCACCAACCACCCAGGAGGGAGGACAUCUCCUACAGAGUACAGAUAGUGGAUGUGAAUCAGGUGCUGGAUGUGAUUAAUCUGUCGAAGCGUAAGGAGCUGCUGUGGCCUGACGAGUCGAUGAGGUUGAGGGCGGGGCCGAGCUGCUGGAGAGACUGGGGCCCCCUGGAGGGCAUGGAGGGACAUGUGAUUCACCGGUGGAUGCCUUGCAGUCGUGACCCUCUCACUCGCUCCCCCAUCGAUAAAUCCAUCCUGCUGGUCCAGGUGGAUGAUAAACUGGUUCCCAUUAUAGAGACUGGAGUGAUCGAACUGGGAGCAGAAGUGUAAACACACACACACACACACACACACACACUACAGGCUGGUGGCAAAGACACACAGGGACAGGUACUACUUUAGAUAGUAACACACACACACACACGCAGGUGUCAGACACACAGCUUCAUGCCUCGUCCACACAGAAGGAUAUUUUGGAGGAACGUAAUCCUUCUCUCUGGGUUUUUGAUCUCUGAUGUUGUGUGUGUCAGAGAAACGGCGUGCAGGAGGAAGUUCACUCCUCAGUGACAGACUGAAACUCAGACGAUGGAAACACGCAGAGACUCUGACUGCGAGUCGGAGUCUGAUCAGAGCGGCCUUUUACAUUUACUUAUCAUCUUCUCACCCGCUAGAGAGACGUGUAGGACACUGACUGGGGUGGGCUGGGGUGUGGGUGUGUGUGUGCGUGUGUGAGAGAGUGUGUGCGUGUGUGAGAGUGUGCGUGUGUGAGAGUGUGCGUGUGUGAGAGUGUGUGCGUGUGUGCGCGUGUGUGUGUGUGUGCGCGUGUGUGUGUUUGUGUGAGAGUGUGCGUGUGUGAGAGUGUGUGUGUGUGUGUGUGUGUGUGUUUGUGUGUACCAAAGACUUUCGUUCAUCUUCGGAACACAAAUGAAGACGUUUUAAAUGAAAGCUGGGGGGUUUCUGUCGCUCCAUUUACAGUCCCGUAACCAAAACUUUCAAACUCCAAAAAGUUCAUGAAGACAUUGUGAGAGUUGUCCACGUGUCUCCAGCGGGUUAAUCCCAGUUUAAUGAUCGAUACCAACGUCUUCAUUCACAGAAUGUCUUCACUUCCCGAGAGAAGCACGACACAAAAAGCAGACACAAAAUAAUAAUAAUAAUAAUAAUAAUAAUAAUAAUAAUAAAGAGCGGACAUGUAAGACGGACGAACAGGAUGUGUGUUGUUUUUGGUUCUCGAGCGCUCGGAGUGUGAUUUCUCCAGAGCAGCCCUGUACACGCUGAUGGCAUUGGGGUGAUGUUUACACUCAGAAGGUACGAAAUGAAACGGGACAUGCUAGCGAUCGAACGUGGUUUCCGCGUGUUCGCUGAUAACAGGUUAGAUUACAGUUUACUGUUUCAUUUAGCUUUGUUUUGAAUCUUUUUGUAACACUGAUGAGUGAAGGUCUUGACGUUGAUGCAGUAUCGCCGCCUGCAGGACAGUUUUGGAACUGCGUGUUGUUGUGUGGUGAUAUUUAAAACAAAACAGAACAAACCCAGAAAGGAUGGAUGAGAGUAUUUGGAGGACGAGGCCUCGGUCCUGUCUGUCGCUCUGUCACUCGCACGUGCUGCGUGACGGAUCACACUCGAGCACACUGCGUUAAAACUUCCACUUCUCUUUUUGUGCCGAAGCUUAUAGGUGACACUUUCCUGUAAAUCGUCGUGUUUAUAGCGAUCAUAUUUCUGUCUCUGUGCUGUUUUAUAAAAGUUCUUUUAUAAACUCGUCAUAAUGCCAGUGCACUGCGAAGCCCUAAGAACUACAGCAACACUAACGGGACAAACACUAAACUACGCCGCGCCUGUAGGGGGCGCUGAGGUGCCGUUUAACAGGCUGUGUAAAGCUUACAGAAGAGACAAAGGUCUUGUACAUUAAUGCAGCGUAUACAACGACGCCGUGUGUAGACUACACUACUGUUCAUCUUUUUAAAGACGGAAUGUAGGCGCGUGGCUCACACUCAGAUCAUUAUAUUUCUAAAAUAUUUAAAAAUACAUUGUGUGUGUGUGUGUGUGUGUGUGUGUGUGUGUAUCAGGCAAGUGUGUAUUCAAGCCUGUAUUUUGGGGCUCUUUUAUUUUGCAUAUAUAUAUAUAUAUAAUAUACUGUCACCACAUGUUUACAGAUGGUUAAGGACUUUUAUUCCAGCGUUAUAGAGUUUACGAAGAUAUAAACCUUAUAAGCAGUUCUGUUGAUUUAUGAAUGUGCUUUAUAGAAAAGUGUCAGUUUAUUGUUUCAUUUCUAUGCAUUUUGUCUUCUAUGGACUGAAUUUCUUACACAUACAAACACACACACACACACACACAUAUAUAUAUAUAUAUAUAUAAUCAUGGACUUUAUAGAAAGAGAAAGUCUUCGUUUGUUUCCCUUGUUUACGACGACGCUUUAAAUUUUUGUAAUGAAUUUUUUUAGUAUUCUGCCAAACGUGUUCUCCACACAGACACUAAUAUAAACGAUGUUAUUAGGAUCAUUUGUAUUAUAAAUGAUGAUAUUUAAAUAUAAUAUUUAGCUUCAUCCAACUGUGUUUUGGGUUUAUUAUUAUUAUUAUUAUUAUUAUUAUUAUUUUGUUUUUUUUAGCUUUUUUAUGAAUGAUUCUUUCAUGGUGAUUUAUUUUAAUGAAUAAGACAGAGUUAUAGCGAGUUGCACUAUGGAUUUAUUUUGUAUGAUGUGUGUUUGAUUUACAGAGAUUGAUGCACUACAAUCUUUACAUCAUUUCACGCCUUUUAUUUAUUAAACACGGUUCGACUCGUCACGCCUUUCGGGAAAAAUGCAAUCAUCGUGUCUUUUUUUAUUUUCCUGCUUUUCUCUUCAGAUGUUUUUACUGAAUAGAAUUGUAUAUAAAAUAUUAUUAUUAUUAUUAUUAUUAUUAUUAUUAUUAUUAUUAUUAUACAGGAGUGUAAAGAAGGGACUUGCUCUGAAUAUUUAUUACUGUGCUUCUACAUUUUGUUACCUUUUUCAUUUACGCUGUAUAAAAUUAAAGGUUAUUAAAUGUAUAAAUCGCCCGUGGGUUAGAACGGAGCCGAGCUUCUGAUGGACUGUUUCCCUGUUUAACUCAAAUUCUUUUAUAAGAUGGAAAACAAAUAAACGAAUUUGAUUUAGC